CCUUUGGAUGCGGGUGUCGUUCCUUGUCAUACCUCAUGGCCGGUGAGCGGGGGGAAGACGACUUCGACCUUGUCACCACACGACUCCCGACCGAUGACGACGGCACGAGCGAGGGGACGUCCGUCAAAUUGUCAGGUGCAGACAUGCCAGCACUGUAUUUGGCGCCGACAUACGACUUUGACGACGCGCUCGGGCUACUCGUCAUCGGCAAUGCGUUCGGCGAGCUUACCCUGUAUAGCUUCAGCGCCGUUCCUCCACGGACACUGGCGGGCAGCCUUCAAGGGAGCGGGUUCUCUGAACUAGGCGACAUGGAGCUUUCUAAGGUUCCCGUCCCGUGUGACACAACCGCACCGUUCCCGUAUAGCGGUCCGCGUUACCCGCCGACGGAUAUGCUGAAAGAGCGCGCCGUAUCGUGGCGUGAAGAACGGCCUUUAGAGCAUCCAAGAUGGAGGUCCGACUGGUCCGCAUUGCUUACUUCCGAUUCCAAAAAUGACCUCAAGAGUAUUCCGGUGUUCCAUCCGGUCAACCUCAUUCCCUAUCUUGGUCGUUACGCAUACGAGAUGGAGCAUACGCUCAAUUACUUUGGCACGCUAACUCCUCUCGUCUAUCAAAAAACGGGCAUGAAUGUCCGCACGCUCUUCAAGGCCGGAGGGCUCUUCUUUGUGCUAGCGCACGACCCGGAAUACGAUAUGGUGAUCCUGCCGCAAGGAGUGGAUGUCAGGACAGCUGUCGAAAUAUUGGAAGCCGAUCUAUUAGGCUUACCGUUCCUAAGCAUUGCGCCCUGCUUGGAAGCGUACGACAUACAGUUUCUGCCCUUGGCGAAGUGAGAUACCGAGCUGGAGACGUCUG